AAGAGAGAAGUGGGCAGAUAGGGUGCUAACACGCACCUAGAUGCUGGAACAGAGGGACUGAGUGUUUGUUGGGAGAUAAAUUAAUGACAACAAAUCCAGGAAGUUUAUAUGUGUGUGUAUGUAUCAAUUUAAGUGUCACGAGUUCAUUUUGUUUGAGCUGUACGUACUGUGAAACACAGACUACCCUGUGUGUAGACUGAUGGGCAUUUUCUUGCAAGAAAGAGCUGUGCAGAACCAAGGGGAGAGAUGAGAGAUGAGGGCCUGAUUUUCCUCUUAUCUAACAGGGUGGCUCUGAGAAAACCUCAGGGAAGUCAGUGGUGUUGGAGCAGUGUAAACCAGAUGCUAAAGGGUUUUCUUCUGGAAGUGCUUUCCAGAAGUCUGAAAGAAUUCAGGCACAGUGGAGAGACUGAAGUUUAAGGUUCACUCAGGCAAGAAUAGGCCUUGCUACUUACUGGAAUGCCUGCCUUUUGAAAUGACAUAUGCUGAACUGGGAGCAAAGUCCUGUAAUAAAUAACCAUGGUUCAGUCAUUUCCUCCUUUGUGUGGCAGAGAACUGGUAGUUGGCGAGGCAUCCCUUAAUGGCACCGGUACCAGUUUCACCUUCCUUUUCCUUCUUACUCCGGUGCUUAUGAAAAAGAGAGAACUAAGCUGCAGAAAGCAGACAGUGAAGAUUUCUUCUGGAGAGGUUACAUACAGUGAGCUGAAACAUAAUGGUGGUUUUCAGAAAGGGUGAUCAUGUGUGGCUGGACACUCAACCAAACAGUGAAUUCAAUGUCCCUAUUGGGGCAGUUGUGAAGGACUCUGACUCAGGACGGAUUUUGCUGGAGGAUGAUGAAGGCAAGGAACACUGGAUCACGGCUCGGAACAUGCACAUGGUGCGCCUUAUGCAUCCCUCCUCUGUCCAGGGGGUGGAAGACAUGAUCCGCCUUGGGGACCUCCAUGAAGCAGGCAUAGUGCACAACCUCCUCAUCCGCCACCAGGAACACAAAAUCUAUACUUACACGGGAUCCAUCUUGGUAGCAGUGAAUCCAUACCAGCUUCUGCCGCUCUACACAGUCGAUCAGAUCAGACUGUACUGUAACAAGAGGAUUGGAGAGCUACCACCUCAUGUCUUUGCCAUUGCAGACAACUGUUACUUCAAUAUGAAGAGGAAUAAGAGAGACCAGUGCUGUGUCAUCAGUGGAGAAUCUGGAGCUGGGAAGACUGAAAGCACAAAGCUAAUACUGCAGUUUUUGGCAGCGAUCAGUGGCCAGCAUUCCUGGAUAGAGCAGCAAGUCCUAGAGGCCAACCCCAUUCUGGAAGCUUUUGGAAAUGCCAAGACAAUUCGAAAUGACAAUUCAAGCCGCUUUGGGAAAUACAUCGAUAUUCACUUCAAUCAAAAUGGUGUGAUAGAAGGAGCCCGGAUAGAACAGUUCCUUCUGGAGAAGUCCAGGGUUUGUCGGCAGGCUCCAGAGGAGAGAAAUUACCACAUCUUCUACUGCAUGCUAAUGGGGAUGAAUACAGAGCAAAAAAAGAUGCUAAAUCUGGGCACUGCUUCAGAGUACACUUAUCUCACUAUGGGCAACUGCACAUUCUGUGAUGGCCGGAAUGAUGCAAAGGAUUAUGCUCACAUCCGCUCAGCUAUGAAGAUCCUCACAUUCUCAGAUUCUGAGCACUGGGACAUCAGCAAGCUGUUGGCUGCAAUCCUGCACCUAGGAAAUGUAGAGUUCGAAGCGGCCGUGUACGACAACUUGGACUGCUCUGAUGUGAUGGACUCACCACACUUUUCAAUUGCAACCAAACUGCUUGAGGUGGACUCCAGUGAACUCCAGAACAGCCUCACAAACCUCUCCAUCAUUGUUCGAGGAGAAAGUGUGUCUAGGCCUCUAAACAUUGUUCAAGCUGCAGAUGGGAGGGAUGCCUUUGUGAAGGGUAUAUAUGGACAUCUUUUCCUGUGGAUAGUGAACAAGAUCAACUCAGCCAUUUUCAACCCAACUUCGCAGAAGGCUAAAGACAGUCGUCACUCCAUUGGGCUGCUGGACAUUUUUGGGUUUGAAAACUUCAGUAACAACAGCUUUGAGCAGCUCUGCAUUAACAUUGCCAAUGAGCACCUUCAGCAGUUCUUCGUGCACCAUGUCUUCAAGCUGGAACAAGAGGAAUACCAUGCAGAGAACAUUACCUGGAGUAACAUUGACUUCACUGAUAACCGCCAGGCUUUGGAAGUCAUCGCACUCAAGCCUAUGAAUAUCAUCUCCCUCAUUGAUGAAGAGAGCAAGUUCCCAAAGGGCACAGAUGCCACCAUGCUUGUAAAAAUCAAUUCCCUCCAUGGCAAAAGUAAAGUCUACAUCCCACCUAAGAGUGUUCAUGACACCAAGUUUGGCAUCAACCACUUUGCUGGGGUUGUAUUCUAUGAAUCAAAAGACUUCCUGGAGAAGAAUCGGGACACACUGAGUGCUAAUGUAAUGCAAGUGGUUCAUUCCUCCAAAAACAAAUUCCUGAGGGAGAUUUUCCAGGUGGAAAAGACCCCACCUAGUCUGGGACGUGGGACCAUCCGGCAUCUUGGAGCUGACCAGGCCUACAAGUGUGGCUUUCUGCUGUCCAGAACAUCUGGCCACAGACAGGGUUUGGAUACCACCAAACGGCUCUCAACUCUGGGAGGACAGUUCAAGCAAUCCCUGGAAAAACUGAUGAAAAUCCUUGAGCAGUGCCAGCCAUACUUCAUCCGCUGCAUCAAGCCAAACGACUACAAGAAACCGCUGUUGUUCGACAGGGAGCUGUGUAUCAAGCAGCUGCGAUAUUCAGGGAUGAUGGAGACCAUUCAGAUCAGGAAAGCUGGCUUCCCAGUUCGCUACAGCUUUGAGGAGUUCUUUGACAGAUACAGGGUUAUCCUGCCAUGGUCUCUUCAACAGCAGCUGAAGAAUGAUGCUCGACAGAGCUGUAUCAGCAUCUCUGAAGCAGUGCUGGGCAAGGACGAAAGCUGGCAAGCUGGAAAGACCAAGAUGUUCCUAAAAGAUCAUCAUGAUACAGUAUUGGAGCUUCAACGCCAAAAUAUACUCACAGAUAAGGUUCUUCUUAUCCAGAAGGUGAUGAGAGGAGUGAAGGACAGGAAACAAUUUCUGAAACAGAGGAAGUCUGCUGUAGCCAUUCAGUCAGCCUGGCGAGGCUACUGCUGCCGGAAGGAUUUCAGAAUGGUUAUGCUGGGUUUUGGGCGCCUGCAGGCUCUCUACAGGAGCCGGCAGCUUGCUAAACAGUAUGAAGCGACUCGGACUCUUAUCAUCAGGCUUCAAGCCAUGUGCCGUGGUUAUUUAAUGCGUCAAAAGGUAGCAGAGCAGAAGAAAGCUGUAUGUGUUAUACAGGCAUAUGCAAGGGGCAUGUUUGCUCGACGACUCUACCAGGGAAUGAAGAAGCAGAACACAGGCAAGGGGGAAGCCAGGAAUAUCCACUUGGAAGAAGAGAAACAUCUCAUCCAAGUCCUUGGACCAGGAAGGGAAGAAGCUAUGAGAUCAGAAAAGGAAUGCCUGGCUGCUCUGGAGAGAGAGAAGGCAGAAGGAAGACAAAGGAGGAAUGUUCUUGCCACUAAACCAGCAAAUGAUGAUGUUAUCAGCGACCAAGAAAUGGUGGACAAAAUUUUUGGGUUUUUACCUUCUAUGAUUGGAGGCCAAGAAGGACAGGCUCCUCUGGGCUUUGAGGACUUGGAAACAGAGCCGAACAAGCUGGAUGAGGUAGAUCUGGACAUGGUUCCUAUGAGUGUGGAGCUAGAAGAGGAAGCUGAUGGCUUGGAAGAGUACACCUUCCCAAAGUUUGCAGCUACCUAUUUCCAGGGGUCUUCUACACAUACACAUAUCCGGAGGCAGCUGCGGCACCCGCUACUCUACCAUGAUGACAAGGAUAACGUCCUGGCUUCUCUGGUUGUGUGGGCUAUCAUCUUGAGAUUCAUGGGGGACCUGCCAGAGCCAGCACUGUUUGCCAAGAAUGCCAGCACCAAGAGCGGUUCCGUGAUGACACAAAUAUAUGAUACGCUUGGCAGGAAAAACCAGGUCCAGUUCAGGAAUGACAGCCCAGAUAUGAGACAAGGCAGAAAGGAUAACAAGAUGUCAAAGGGGAUCUCUUCCCUGAAGCUGAAACGGACAUCCAAGUUGAUGGGGAAGGUGACAGACCAGCUGAGAGGUGGAGAAGAGGCUUUCCAAGAGGACAACUCAAUCUCUGAGAGGCCUAUGUCCAACCUAGAAAAAGUGCACUUCAUUAUCGGCAAUGCAAUCCUGCGUCCUGCCAUCAGAGAUGAAAUUUACUGCCAGAUUUGCAAACAGCUCACGGAAAACAGCAACAGGAGCAGCUAUGCUCGAGGCUGGAUCCUUCUGUCACUUUGCCUUGGUUGCUUUCCUCCUUCAGAUACUUUUGUGAAGUACCUGUUGAAUUUCAUCCACCAUGGGCCCGCAGGAUAUGCACCAUAUUGUGCUGAACGUCUGAGACGGACCUAUGUCAAUGGAGCACGGACUGAACCUCCAAGCUGGCUGGAACUUCAGGCAACGAAGCAGAAGAAACCCAUUAUGUUUAAUGUCACCCUGAUGAAUGGCCAAAGCAUCACUGUCCCUGCAGACUCUGCUUCCACUGCCAAAGAGAUUUGUCAGUUCAUAGCAGAUAAGACCACACUGAAGGAUUUGUUUGGUUUUUCGCUCUACAUUGCUGUGUUUGAUAAGGUGUGGUCACUGGGUGGCGGACGAGAUCACGUCCUGGAUGCCAUCUCUCAGUGUGAGCAGCUAGUGAAGGAGCGGGGCACACACGAACGCAAUGCGCCCUGGCGGCUCUACUUCCGCAAGGAAAUCUUCACCCCCUGGCACAACUCCCAGGAGGAUCCUAUCAGCACUGAUCUCAUUUACCACCAAGUCAUUCGAGGCAUCCGGUUUGGAGAGUAUCGCUGUGAGAAGGAGGAGGAUUUGGUGGAGAUAGGUGCAAAAUAUUGUUACAUUCAAUUUGGAGAUUCCAUCCACAAUGAACUUCUGCAGAAGGUGCUCCAUGACUGUAUUCCAGCAAAACAGCUGAAGUCCAAGCCCCUGGAAAAGUGGGUGAGCCUUAUAACCUAUGCACAUGCUAAGGCCCCAUACACACAGGACCGUCUCUCCCGUCAGACUGUGAAGGGACAACUUGUAGAUUUUGCUCGCUUUCAGUGGCCUUUGCUUUUUUCUCGAUUCUUUGAAGUCACAAAGUUUUCAGGUCCCAGCUUGCCCAAGAACCACUUCAUUGUUGCUGUAAACUGGAAAGGUAUCUACUUCUUGGAUGAGUCAGAAAAGCGGCUCCUUGAGCUGACCUUCCCAGAGAUAACUGGCAUCCACACCAACAGGGCAGUGAAGACAUUUGGACAGAGUUGUACUCUCAUUACACUUCGUGCCGAGGAGUUUGUCCUGACAUCUGUAAACAGCGUUGUCAUUGCUGAACUGGUGGUCAUGUUCCUGGAAGGACUGAAGAAGAGAUCACGAUUUGCUGUGGCAAUGCAGGAGAAAAAAUCCCAGGAAGACCCUGCCAUCCUGUCCUUCAAGAAGGGAGACUUGCUAAUCUUCACCGAAGACAAAAGGCUGGAUGCAGACUCUGGCUGGAUCUGUGCCCAGAAUGAAAGGACAGGCAAAACAGGGAAUGUAUUUUUGGAAGAUAUCUACAUCAUUCCUUCUCUGACAAAACCCUCUAGUCAAGUACUGAGUUUGCUGAUGAUGUCUCCAGACCAGAGGAGGACAGCUUCACAGAACUCCUACGUGGAUGAACCUGAUGAAGAAGAUCUCGAAGUGAAGCCUUACACCCUAGAGGAGUUCUCCUAUGAACACUUCAGGACUCCUGAGAAGGAAUCCAUCAGCAAAGCUGUUCUCCAAAAAUCCCGUGGGCGCAGUCAACUGUGGGCACAUUCUAAGGAGCCCUUGAAACAGCCCUUGCUGAAGAGAGCAUGCACAGACCCUGAUCUUCCUGAUUUGGCUUGUCAGGCCUUCAUCGCCAUCAUGAAAUUCAUGGGAGACUAUCCCUCAAAACAGGUGCACUCCUCUGUGGAAGUCACUGACCAGAUAUUUGUAGCAGCUAUCCAGGAAGAGAUCCUACGGGAUGAAAUUUACUGUCAGAUUAUGAAGCAACUGACUGAGAACAGAAACAGGUACAGCGUGACCAAGGGCUGGCAGCUCCUUUGGCUCUGCACUGGCAUGUUCCCACCCAGCAAGUCACUGCUGAAACAUGCCCAGAAGUUCAUGGAGACACGUCAGAAAGAAACACUGGCCCUGGAGUGCAGUCGGAGGAUUCAGAGAGUGAUGAGGAGUGGCUCCAGGAAGUGGGCACCGCAUCCUGUGGAGGUUGAGGCCAUCUUACAAAAUAACACUAAGAUCUCACACAAGAUCUGCUUCCCCAAUGAAACAGAAGAGACAUUUGAUGUGGGAACAAACACCAAAAUCCGCACUCUGUGUCAGAGCAUUGCCUCCAAAUUGCAGCUGAGCUCCUGGGAAGGUUUCAGCCUCUUUGUGAAGAUUGCAGACAAGGUGAUCAGUCAGAAUGAAGCAGACUACUUUUUUGACUCACUAAGGCAGGUGACAGACUGGAACAGGAGGAACAAACCAGGGAAAGAUGGGGCUGCUAUGUCUGUGGCUUAUAAGGUGUACUUCAUGAGAAAGCUGUGGCUGAAUGUAACUCCUGGGAAGGACCUGAAAGCUGAUUCAAUUUUUCAUUACCACCAGGAGCUGCCAAAGUACCUCAGAGGCUACCACAAGUGUUCCAAGGAUGAAGCUGUCCAGCUUGCAGGGCUGAUUUAUAAAGUGCGCUUCAACAAUGACCACACACAGCUGGCAAUCAUCCCCAAAAUCUUGAAGGAGCUGGUGCCAGACAAUCUGCUCCGAGUAAUCUCACCAGAUGAGUGGAAGAAGAGCAUUACUGCAGCAUACACUAAACAUGAAGGAAAAACUGUGGAUGAGGCCAAGAUUGCCUUCUUGAAAAUGGUAUACCGGUGGCCAACAUUUGGAUCAGCCUUCUUUGAGGUGAAGCAAACCUCAGAGCCAAAUUUCCCAGAGAUUGUGCUGAUUGCAAUCAACAAGCAAGGAGUCUCACUGAUACAUCAGAAGACAAAGGAUAUUUUAACAGUCUACCCCUUCAAUAAAAUCUCCAAUUGGAGCAGUGGGAGCACAUACUUUCACAUGACAAUAGGGAACCUGGUACGAGGAAGCCGGAUCUUAUGUGAGACAUCUCUGGGUUACAAAAUGGAUGACCUGUUAACAUCCUAUGUUCACCUGCUAAUGAAUGCUGUAAACAAGCAAAAGAACCUCUCAGCCUGAGAGCAGAAACAGAACCCAUGACCUGUGUCUGUGCCAAACUACCUGUAAUUUCAUCUCCCAGAAGAAAGCCGUUUAAUGAGCUUGAUGACUGGUCUUGUGAUCACACGCUGAAUGAACUGUGUUACUGAAAUGCUACAAGAGAAGCUCAAGUGGGCAUGUGCUUUCAAGCAUCUGUAAUGCUUGUCUUAGAUGUAGUACAAGAAUUCCAUUCAGAUUAUGGAUUUAGAGAAAGUCCAGCUGGAUUUUAAUGUAAUAUGGAGGCAGGAGGAUGGAGAAACCCUAAAUAUGAAAGCCUCUAAAUUUCCUCUGUUCUUGAAGAGAGAUACACAUUAACAGUUGUCUUCCUUUUGGAAACAAAAUGCCAGCUUGUUGUAUAUGUGCCCUUACCAAAUGUAUAAACCCCUCGAGUCUUUGCAAACAAAGGUAACGUUAUUUUUUUUUUCCUCCUAUUGGAAAUUCUAAGCGUGGAGAAAUGCCCUUUAGUAGUAGGAUAACUGAACACCUUGAAGGGUAAGAUGCUGGUUUUCAUCCUUUUAUCACUAAGUUAUGUGCUGUAAGCUACCGUGGACUAUGACAGCUACUUACUGUCAGAAUCUUAACAGUCAUUCCUUUGUGAUGCUAAAUUAGCAGACUGUCCACUGGUUUACCAUUGCCUUGGUUAAAGUAGUUUUCUUUCUUCCUUCUACAUUUUGCAAUGUACUUGGUAACAACUGCUUUCUACUAUGCAGUUUCUAGUAAGCAUAAACAAACUCUGAAAUAAGUCUGGAUUUUGGGUCAUUACUUUUGCUCCUACUUCAAGUUACAGACGUGCUAUUCAGUGCAAGUCAGACUUGAAGAAUGCAGUCUAACAGACAUCUGCUGAAAAGAGACUUUUCUGCUCUGCAAAAAUUUUCUCAGCUUGGAGUCAUGCAGACAUUCCUUCAUGAGACAAGAAUUAAUAGUUUUAAUUUCUCCUGAUCUUUUCUAUUUCCUGUUUAGCAGGCACUUUGAGUGGUAAAACUUCUUCGUAUCUCAGACCUCUGAAAACGCACAACUUUGGCCCUUUAGGAACCAUAGCAUUCUCAGAGUAUGUAAAGGAUAUACAUACACACUGUGGUGGUUCUAAGCUUAGACACUUACCCCAUCAGAGAAUAAAUAUUCCUUCCUCAACAACAAGCCCUUCCUUGCUCACAGUGAAACAUGGACAUGUCUUAAAGCAUUUACACCAAGUUCCUUGAGACACUGCCUGGCAGGGCUGGAAUAGCAGCUCUGCUAGAUCUCUCUAAUUUGCCAAGGUAUGCACAAUGGUUCUCUUGUUCCCUCUGAUGUGUGUGUGUGAAAUUCAAACGGUAAUAGGAGUUUUGUACAUGGGUGGCAGGGAAGAGCCCCACUCUCUUUGUGCAUAUGAGUGCCAUACUUGUCAGAAUAGUUGAUCGUUUUGCAUGCAAUCAGAUAUUCCUGCUGUAGUGACCAUUGCUGGCAAUGGAAAUGUCUGAGACUAAUGAUUUGUUUUGUCAUCCUAUGUAAGAAGCAUUCAAUACUUCACCUGUACAAAAAGAAAUUUUGCAGCGAAACUGUAUUGUUUCUGGUUUUUAAAUAAACACUGCAGAAAAUCAA